AUGACGGAUCGGAAGGCGCAUAACUUCCUCCCCGGCGAUGUUGUGUCAGGUAAAGUUAUCUUGUCUGCGAAAGGCGACGAGAAGAUCAAAGACAUAUCUAUCACAUUCAAGGGGUCACUGUUUGCAAAAUCUACAGAGGGGAAUUUCAGGGAUACCUACAACUUCGAUAUCUUUAGGCUAAGCGAAACGUUGCUUCAGGGUCCUGCCAAGAUGGCGGCGUCCACCUACGAGUACCCUUUCUUCUUUGAGAUCCCCAAAAACUUCUUUAAUCCGGUGGCAUGGGAGGGAUUCUCCAAACCUGGUGACCUCUAUUCGUCUCCACUGGGCCCCAUGUGGCCUAUCCCACCUACAUGCGAAGAUGCCAGUCAGCUGCGAGACUCAUACACGGAUUGGAAAGUCACAUAUUCUUUAGCUGCCCAGGCUAAGAAAAGCAUGCUGAGCCUAGGAGAUGAACUCCCUAUUGUUGUUACUUGCGAACCUACCCGAAACCCAAGUCCAGCACAGCAAGAAGCCCGUGACAGCUUCACGCAGCAUUAUACAUUCACAAAUUCGGGCAUCCCAAAGCCACUCACCAAGGCAAAACCUAAAGAUAUCACUCAACACGGUGCUGGGAACUACCAACUGAGCCUCUCUCUGGUAGCAGCACCCAUGACAGCGGUAAUCAUUGGCGAGCCCUUCACGCUAGCGUUCACUCUUCAAAUCAACUCUCCAGAAUCCGACUACAGGAUGCCUUUACCCGAAUUUCAGCUCAAAGAUUACACCAUCAUCCUCAGAAGCUCUACGACUACAGGUGUUCCGCAUGAGAAAAAGGCAUUUCUUAGUUCCUCUGUGCUCAGCCCUCUUGCGCUCAGCCCCGACAAAUAUAUUGUCAAUGCGCCCUUGCGGCCCAACGAACCAGUAUUGAUACAUGAGACGCUUCCUUCGCCAUUCAAGUCGACGCCGUCUUUCAAAACGGUGCUACUUGAGAGGAGGUACUUCUUUCAAAUUCACGCCCACGUGUCUUGUCUGGACAACACUGCCAACUUGAAGAUCUUGCUGCCUUUCUGGCUACACGCUCCUAAAGUGCAAGAGAUAUGA